UGUCAGUUUUAAUCAUUAGUCAUAUUGAUCUGAUUUUCACGCAUGCAAUCAAUAUAGUGGCUCUAAUGUGAAAAUGUGCAAUACUUGUAAAAUGGCUGAAAUGAAAUAAAUAUUUUAAAAAAUAUAGUGGCUCUCUAAUAAUUGAGAUCAGGGGUACACAUAUAUUAAUUGAAAUGAAUGAAUCAUUUCCAAAGCAAGUUUAUUAAAACUACUUAUUGCAUGACAAAUUUGAAGGAAAUCAUUUGAGUAAACAUUGUGUGGUUUCAGUAGGUGUUGAAGUAAAACUGUUUUGGACAUCACAUGCUAAUUGGUUGCAUUUACACAUAAACAUACAUGGAAAUGAAUUUACUUGCACACCAUUCUAUUUGAAAGCAAAUUGGUCAAACGUUUUAGCAUAAAACAUGUACAGUGGUUUAUAACACCGGCAAUGAGCUACCAGAAAGCAUAACAAGGCCACCUCGAUAGGAACAAAGGGGGCUUCCUGCAGUGUACCUAGGCAGAAUGUUCUUCAUCGUUUUCGUCUCUGAUUAUAUUACAAUACAGACAAAAUACAUAUGGUAAUGUUGACAUCCAUGAUAAUUGCAUAUAUCACAAUAAACUGCAAAGAUGAUAUGGGGAUACUGACAUCCUUGAUAAGUGAAUAUAUAUCAAUACUCUACAAGGGUGAUAUGGUGAUACUGAUAUCCCUGAUAAGUGAAUAUAUCACAAUACUCUACAAGGGUGAUAUGGGGAUACUGACAUCCUUGAUAAGUGAAUAUAUCACAAUACUCUACAAGGAUGAUAUGGUGGUACUGACAUCCUUGAUAAGUGCAUAUAUCACAAUAAACUGCAAGGAUGAUAUGGGGAUACCGACAUCCUUGAUAAGUGAAUAUAUCACAAUACUCUACAAGGAUGAUAUGGUGAUACUGAUAUCCUUGAUAAGUGAAUAUAUCACAAUACUCUGCAAGGAUGAUAUGGUAAUUCUGAUAUCCUUGACAAGUGAAUAUAUCACAAUACUCUGCAAGGAUGAUAUGCGGAUACUGAUAUCCUUGAUAAGUGAAUAUAUCAAAAUACUCUACAAGAAAGAUAUUAUGAUACUGAUAUCCUUGAUAAGUGACUAUAUCACAAUACUCUGCAAAGAUGAUAUGGUGAUACUGAUAUCCUUGAUAAGUGAAUAUAUCACAAUACUCUACAAGAAAGAUAUUAUGAUACUGAUAUCCGUUAUAAGUGACUAUAUCACAAUACUCUGCAAGGAUGAUAUGGUGAUACUGAUAUCCUUGACAAGUGAAUAUAUCACAAUGCUCUGCAAGGAUGAUAUGCGUAUACUUAUAUCCUUGACAAGUGACUAUAUCACAAUACAGUGCAAGGAUGAUAUGGUGAUACCGACAUCCUUGAUAAGUGAAUAUAUCACAAUACAGUGCAAGGAUGAUAUGGGGAUACUGACAUCCUUGACAAGUGAAUAUAUCACAAUACCCUGCAAGGAUGAUAUGCGGAUAGUGACAUCCUUGAUAAGUAAAUAUAUCACAAUACACUGCAAGGAUGAUAUGGGGAUACUGACAUCCUUGAUAAGUGAAUACAUCACAAUACAGUGCAGGGAUGAUAUGGUGAUACCGACAUCCUUGAUAAGUGAAUACAUCACAAUACAGUGCAGGGAUGAUAUGGUGAUACCGACAUCCUUGAUAAGUGAAUAUGUCACAAUACAGUGCAAGGAUGAUAUGGUGAUACCGACAUCCUUGAUAAGUGAAUAUGUCACAAUACAGUGCGAGGAUGAUAUGGGGAUACUGACAUCCUUGAUAAGUGAAUAUAUCACAAUUCUCUGCAAAGACGAUAUGAUGAUACUGAUGUCCUUGAUAAGUGAAUAUAUCACAACAUGGUAUAACACGCAAGGUAUAACACGCACAUUGGCUGAGCGGAUGUUGUCUUUACAUGGAACAAUGCCAGGGUGUAACACAGGGCACAGUGGGUGAGCGGUUCUUGUCUUCACACGGAGCAAUGUCAGGGUGUAACACACGGCACAAUGGGUGAGCGGAUCUUGUCUUCACACAGGACAAUGUCAGGGUGUAACACAGGGCACAGUGGGUGAGCGGUUCUUGUCUUCACACGGGACAAUGUCAGGGUGUAACACACGGCACAGCGGGUGAGCGGAUCUUGUCUUCACACGGGACAAUGUCAGGGUGUAACACACGGCACAGUGGGUGAGCGGUUCUUGUCUUCACACAGAGCAAUGUCAGGGUGUAACACACGGUACAAUGGGUGAGCGGAUCUUGUCUUCACACAGGACAAUGUCAGGGUGUAACACAGGGCACAGUGGGUGAGCGGUUCUUGUCUUCACACGGAGCAAUGUCCGGGUGUAACACACGGCACAGUGGGUGACGGUAUCUUGUCUUCACACGGGACAAUGUCAGGGUGUAACACACGGCAUAAGGAGUGGCGGUAUCUUGUGUUCACAUAGAACAAUGUCAGGGUGUUACACUCGGCACAGUGCGUGACGGUAUCUUGUGUUCACAUAGAACAAUGUCAGGGUGUAACACUCGGCACAGUGGGUGACGGUAUCUUGUCUUCACAUAGAACAAUGUCAGGGUGUAACACACGGCACAGUGGAUGACGGUAUCUUGUGUUCACAUAGAACAAUGUCAGGGUGUAACACACGGCACAGUGGGUGAGCGUAUCUUGUGUUCACAUAGAACAAUGUCAGUGGGUGACGGGUGUAACACUCGGCACAGUGGGUGACGGUAUCUUGUGUUCACAUAGAACAAUGUCAGGGUGUAACACACGGCACAGUGGGUGAGCGUAUCUUGUGUUCACAUAGAACAAUGUCAGGGUGUAACACACGGCACAGU